AUGAAGUCGGUUCUUUUAGCAUUCUUUUUGCACCCAAUUCAGGCCCAGCUCACUGAUUGGGUCGCUGAUCAAAUUAAUACAACCAUAUGUACAUGGGAAGAACCUAGAGCUGCUAUUAUUCAAGAUAAAAUCUUUCUUGACGGAGGUGACAUCUCCUGGUUACCGGGAUUGAAGAAUGGAUCGUAUGGGCAACUCGCAAGUAGCGGAAACGUCCCUGGGAUACUAUUCACUUACAAUCUGAGCUAUGCAUUUACCCCAAACACCAACGUUACCGGCCUCUUACUACAAGAUCCUUUAUCAAAAAUAUUAGGUGGAAAUAGCCAAGCUAACGAGGAUUCGCCAAACUAUGUCGAUGGCGCCCUCCUUGCUAACGACGCCGAAUUCUGGUUCUACGGCGGUCAACCAGAACUGCUAAUCAAGCCAUACCCAACCAAAAGUAGUGUCCUCGGAUACGAAGCCUACCAGUACGGGGUCCUAUCAAGUGGAUUUAAACCUGGAUACAUCGCAAACCGACUUCUACCUGACGAUGUUAGUCAGUACGUCACAUUUGGUGGUGCAGCAAGAGCUCCAUCUGAGAAUCUGGCUUGGUACUUUUCUGGAGCGACCUCUGAGUCCAAUGGCCUAAUUCCUAAAGGCUCCGACAAUACGGACAGUCCAACAAAGAUAUCCAACUACCUCAUAACGCUCAAUAUGACAGACCAACUUUUUGAGACGUGGAGCAAUAAGUCGUUGCCUCCUGAUAUCAAGGGCCGGGCAAGCCCCGAGGUAGUUUGGGUCCCUGUUGGUGUGCAAGGCAUUCUUGUCGCUCUCGGGGGCGUUGUCUUCCCAGAAUAUGCCAAUGUGACUCGCGUGUCCCAAAACCCAAAAGCCAGUGAAUCGCAAAGCCCGAAAUUUAUGCAAACUAUUGACAUUUAUGACGUUGCCAGCAAAACGUGGUAUACGCAACCAACCACGGGUGGGCCUAGCACCCGAGCUCGUGGAUGUGCUGUCGUAGCUACGGCAUCUGACAGCUCCAGCUUCAACAUCUAUUACUAUGGCGGAUAUGACGGGAUUCAUCUCAAAGAUCCAUUCUAUGACGACGUCUGGGUUCUUUCUCUUCCAUCUUUUACGUGGACUCAGAUCAACAAUGGCACAGAUUCCCACGCGCGAGCAGGACACAAAUGCUUUACUCCAUAUCCUGACCAGCUAAUGAUAAUCGGUGGCUAUCCACCUCUCACUGGGACAAGUUCAAAUCCAAAAUGUUUAGAGGGUGGACCUGUUGCCAUGUUCAAUCUGACCAGCGGAGAAUGGAUGGAUUCUUAUGAUCCCACGAAAUUUGGUGACUAUGGCGUCCCCGAGAAAGUCCAGGCUGCCAUUGGAGGCAAUGCGGCCGGUGGUGCAACUGCCACAAAGCCGACUCCCUCCGGCUGGGCAAAUGCCACCCUUGGCAAAGUAUUCGCUACGCCCUAUCAAAAGAAGAUUGCAAAAUACUGGCCUUAUCCGGCGGCUCAAACGGCCAAUCCUCCAGCAGAGCCGGCACCAAAGCCAGCGUCCAAAUCCAGCGGAUUACCAUCAUGGGUAGGGCCAGUUCUAGGCGUCAUUCUAGGUCUUAUUGCGCUCACCUGUAUUAUUGUCUUGUUCUGCCUUUGGAGACGACGCAAGAGCCUCAAAAAUCGGUCUAGUACGAAUACUAGUGAAGAAGCUGGCAUGAGGAUCCUCUCGUGGAUCCGAGGACAACCUCCUUCUCACAAGGCCGCCACGGAAACAACAGAAGAAGUGCCUAUAAGCCCAGACAUGCGAGAAUAUCUACAUCCUAGUUAUACACCGUCGGCUUCAGCAUCAGUCCCUCCCCAGCAUCAUGAAAUGGACGAUACGCAGUUGGUGGAGCUUCCUGAUAAUACAACCCGAGCUGAGCUUCAAGAUACCGGCCUUUCGCCGAUGGACGUCCGUGAGCGUUAUUCUCACUGGUUUCCAGGCGGCAGGACUGAUGACGCCUUGCCAAGCCCUACGAGAAGCUCUCUUCAAAGCACGUCUAAUAUCAUCUCUCCAUUGAAUAAAGAUCGAAACAGUGAUAUAUCACAUAUUGCUGGGUCUAGCGGUUUUCCUUCGCCUCCGAUACUCGAAACCGACGAGGGCGACAAGAAGUCACUAAUGGCAACCCCUGAGGCAGCCACCACUUCGUCUAGAGAGCAGCGGGAUGAAUCAGCCAGGACGUCGGAGGGUCAUGAAUUUGUUGUUUCGCCUCCGACCGCAGAAGAGAAUGCAGGGGACGACUAUUUGACAGCGAAGAAACCUUCGUCUUCGGGUACCCCAACUACCAGAAAAAGCGUGUUCCAGGAGCACCAUGAUGAUGAUUGA